AUGGUGGCCCCGAAGAAUAACCACUAUGCCGAGGAGAGCGCCGAGGUGGAGGUGCUGUACGCCAACCUCGAAAAGCUCAACCGACUCACCAAGAAGAUCCAAGGCUCUAUGGUGCGUCUGGAGACAGGGGGAAAGGUUGUCAAAGAGGCCAUUGGUCCUAUCUACAGCAACACUCAGUCCUUGCAAAUCACCAACAGCAAUAUCGACAAGGUCAACGAUGCCAUCGACCGUCUCCGCCAGCCUCUCGAUGCGAAGAGCCGAGAGGAGGGCAUCAUUCGCGCAGGACCGCAGAGCUCUGGUUUAUCACAGUACCUCUCGGCGAUGAAACGUGUUGAAAAAGCGCUGGUUGACCUCAACACGACGAAUCUGCGGUCCAAUCAGAAAGCGAUAGCAGAUUUCAACUCUCUUCUAAACACUGCGAGCGCAAAACUGCAGGAGAUGCUUCGGACGGAGUUGAAACAGCACAUCACCCCGGUUGAACCUCUACACUAUCUGACCAAAAGCAUCCCAUUUCCAUCCAUCCCAGACGAUACAAUCUCGCGAUUGACACCCCUUUGCUCUGCGGUCGGCUCCGCAUCCGUCCAUGGACCGCAACGCGGUAAAGGAGACAAUCCCGCGCUCAAGGUGUACGCCGAAGUGCGCGGGCCAUAUAUUACCUCGGGCUUGCACAAUCUUUCGCUUGCCUCCCUUAACACGGUGAAGCGCAGAGCUGCCGAUGGCCCUUACAGACAAGGCACCAAUGGGAUUGGAAUUUAUUCCAAGGCGCUAGAGGCCUUCAUAAUCACCGAACAUGGCAUCAUCAUGCAUCUGUUCACCCCGGACCAACAAGGCCUUACAUUACAGGCCACCUUCCUUUCGGCCAUGGCGGAAUACUCGAAGACGCUGCGGGAACUCAAUCAGUACAUCAAGGCGAAUUUGAUGACGGACUGCUUCUUGGCCUUCGAAAUAAUUGAGAUUGUGACGGCCAUGUCAUACCGGAUCGACGCUAAGACAGCCGAGCUGAAGAGUCUCCUGAUAGAAGCUCUGCGACCGGUACGCGAAACCGCCAAGUCAUCGCUCUCCGAGUUGCUCGAGGAAACAAAGCGCAAAGCCAACAGCACGGGGCUUCCUCCAGAUGGAGGGUCAGUCUCGCUUGUGGAUGAAGUGAUGAGUUCCCUCACUACAUUGACCGGCUACUCGGGUCCCUUGGCCUCCAUUUUAACGUCCUUGGGAGAUGGCAACUGGCGCUCCAGGUCGAACACUGGGACAGCGCCGUUGGACGUAGGUCCCGAUAGCAGCACCCUUUUCUCGCAUUUCAUCCUCGACAUGAUCGAGGCUCUCAUGGCUUCCUUAGAGGCACGAGGUCGGAGCUUCCAUCGAUCCAAGGCUGCUUUGGGUGUCUUUUUGUCGAAUGUCUUCUGUAUUGUCGACCGAUCGAUCCGACAGAGUCCAGAACUGGCGCGUUAUCUCGGGGCACCCGACAGCAUUGCAAGAAUCGACACAUUCCGCAAGCGCGCAACCUCGACAUAUCUGGAUGCGUGGAAGGAAACCUCCCAAUUUCUUCUCGACGUGCAAUACACCUCCAGGUCUGGGGCGCGGCCUAGUUCGGGAGGUAUUGUGGAUUCCAGUGCCAUUGUCAAGACUUUGUCGUCAAAGGACCGGGAUGCGAUCAAGGAUAAGUUCAAAUCGUUCAACGCGAGCUUUGAUGAUAUGGUGUCCCGGCACAAAACUCUUCACAUGGAGCGCGAGGUACGCGCCGUGCUGGCCCGGGAACUGCAGGCCGUUCUCGAGCCGCUGUACGCGCGCUUCUACGAUCGGUACCAUGAGAUCGAUAAGGGUCGGGGGAAGUACAUCAAGUAUGACAAGGGCAGCCUUUCAAUACAGUUGGCACAGUUAUAUUAG